AUGAAUAAAUCGCUAGCCAAAGAAGAUGAAAACGCUGAGCUCGGCUUGAUCUGGAUCUUCAAGAAGCCGAGGAAUAACGAGGAUAACCAUCCACUCAUCAGACCUGAAUCCACUUUACAUCUGGCUCAAUUUACGUUCAAAGGAAAGACGAAAAGACGAAAAGAAAAGACAAUCGUGUGUUACUUUUUCAAUCCAACAGAUCUGAAAUAUGAUUUGGCCAAGCAGUAUCGUAUCAAAAAGCUGACUAGAUCUAUUCAAAAGCAUAUCAAUGCUAUGGUUGACGAACUUCGUUCAGGCGAUAAAGCCUCAAAAAUGGCAAGUGAGGUGUCACGUUCGUUGAAAGAUGAAGGGCAUUAUCUAGCCUUCUUGUAUGCUAAAAUUUUCAGAACAGAGCUACUCGGCCCGCUCGAUCGAGAGAAGCGUGAAAUGAUGCAGGAAAUGCGGAAAAUGUAUACGGAUUUUACAAGUGGAACCAUCAAUCAGGAAAAAGUUCAAAAGCUGAAGGAUCGAAUGCUCUUUGGUGGAGGCGGUGAAAGAGUCCAGAAAGUGGGAACAACAAUUGAUAAUACGACCAAGACUCUUGCUUUCCUGGUCGAUCAGCUUGAGCUCGAUGAGGUU